AUGCCUACGAUUCCAAACAGGAUGCUUUCAUUCAUCCGCCAUCCCAAAGAUGGUGGUGCCCAAACUGGAACCCACGGUGGCGGGCCUGAACCAGUAUCACAGGUGCAGCAGCAAAAACAGAAUCAACAAAGGCAGCAGCCUGUACAACUUUUCCAGGACCAACAGCUCCAGGAGCACUUCCAUCAACAGCUUCAGCAACCACAAAAGCCGCAGCAGCAGCAGCAGGAGCAAACCCCACCACGUACUCAAGUGCCUCAUCAUCGUCAGGGGUCACACCAGCAAUUGGUAGAGGCCCACAAACUACCGGUUCCAAAGUUUGGUCUACGCCAGGCAGUAAGUCAGCCGACAGCUUCAAGCAUACCAAGGGCUCAAUCUUCAGGUCUAGGUCAAGCCCAGACUUCUCAGCGUUUACGUGCAAACUCGGAUGGUGUCCGUGGACCUCCUGCGUCUGGACGACUUCAUCACGAUACUUGGGAGGACUCUACCAUAGGGUCUCUACUUGAUAGUGAAAGGCAGUCGGAGCGCGACCAGCAGCGGAUGGUCUCCUAUGAACCUCGACUAGACCCAGCGGCUCAACCUCGGCCGAAUGCACCUCGGACACAACCGCCACCAUUUCAGCACGACCGUAAUUUUCUGCCGAUACCAACUCACAGCGGUCAACAUGGCCCCUUCAUUGUGAAUGAAAACGGCUACAUUAGGAGUGUUGAUCAUCCCAAAGGAGUCAGCACAGCACCCAUCCACGGCAGCCUGCCGAACGGCAAGCGCAUCGAGGCACACACAAAUCCAGACGAACCUUUUGCCGAUAAGUCCGACGCAGGGUCGACACCCAGGAAGCAACUCAAGCAUAGUAAAAUCCCAUUUCGUGACGCCAGAGACGUCGCUCAGAACUACCAGGACGCUGGCCGAAGACGGUCCUAUGUGGAGGCACCGGUAUACUCUCGCCAAGACGAGUUUACGGCUGUUUCCCCAGAGCGUCUCCAGAACGUACGUGAGAUAUCCACUAGGGGCCACGCCGAUCGUCGCUCACGGGAUAUGAGCCAUCAUCACAGAUCCACGCAGUUCUUCGAUUUGGAAACUGCGCAGCAGACGCCUGUGCCUCCAGAUGACCAGAGUGAGAUCGCGUCUCCGGAAGACGAGGCUCUAGCAGAACAACGAACACCGCGCCCGAGCAAGAGUAUACCAUCGCUUGGUAUUGGAAGAGACGCACUCGCUGGCUAUCCCCCGCCUUUGACAAACAAUUGGCCUCAGCCCAACGGCGUGGCUUCCGUGCCUCCGGUGUCCCUUGCCGCCACUAGACAGCACAGCUUUCCUCCAUCGGUAAACAACGGUCCUCGCCACACCGCUGCUCCACGCGUAGAUCCCAACCGUACGCAGCCCGCUGUGCCCCGUCAGAAAAAGCGUCGACUUAGUUUGGACUACGACGAUCAGGCGCUAUCCAGGAUGGAAUAUACAGAGCUUCGAAACGAAUCUUUCGAUCAUGACCCGGCCCGCUCCGCGAUCCAAAGAGCCAACACGCCAUCGUCAGGGGACACGCUGGCCCAGAAGCUAUCGCACUACCAGAACCAGGACGAGAACUCGCAGCAUCACUUCUUUACACGGCUUUCAGUGGGCGAAUGGGAUGAAUGUGGCGACUGGUUCCUGGGCAGAUUUGGCGAACUUGUCGGCGAGAUCAAGGCGGCCCGACGCGAGAAGCGCGAAAUUGUCAGUCAUUUUGAGGGCCAGAUCUCCGCCAGAGAGCUAGCUGUGCGAAACCGGACAGAAAAAAUCGAGCAAGCGUUGACUAGUCUCAAGAACGAGGGCGAAGGCAUGAUGAAAGGGAAGGACAUUGACAUAUGA